GCCUCUUCCUCUCGCGCCUCCCCCACCCUCACAUUGCCGGGGUCCCCAAGACCACAUUGUCCGUUCUAGUACAAUGGAAUGUCACUGCCCGGAACUCCUCAGGGGCCCCCCUCAGCCCCCCUCAGCCAGUCCCGGGUCUCCCUGGUCGCCCAGUUCAGGCACGAACCCAAACUUCACCAUGUGAGAGAGCCCGAGACCCGCGAGGACCUUUCCCAGGGGCUCUUAUUAAGUGUCCCCACCCCCACCUUGGGAAUUUUCUCAUUCUGGAUUUCAGAAUCUUCUAUCCGAAGUGUUGAGAACUAUAAGCCCCGUCUUUGCCAGGGCAGCCGUGAUUUCAGUCCCGGAAACAGCUAUGGAGUCAGAAGAGCCUGCUUCUUUGGAAGCCACAACCUCACUCAGGUGUCACUGAAAGAUGGUGAUGAGGCACAUUCCUCCCGUUACUUAAAAUUCAGAUAUGGUAGGCUCAAAUAUCUUGUGGAAGUCCAAAGCCUCUCCCAAAUUUCUGCGAAUUCUGAGGAAACUUACAAUCUCUUGCUCAACAUGUCUUCAAGUUUCUUCUGCUUCCAUUGACUGACUGCUCUGUUCAAGAUUGGAUGCUACCACCAAAUGGAGACAAAAUGAAGAAUUUUCCAAGUCACCAUCACCUCUCCUUGGGGGUCUCAUCAUGGCCCUCUAAGGGGUCACCUUACUCCCCUCCAGUCUGUUUCUAACAUUGUGCUGUAGCUAUACUGGCUUCCAAUGCGCCUGGUUCUCUCCUGCUUUUGUUUUGUACCGGCUGUUUCCCCUGAAGAGAACUUUCUUCUUCCACCUCCUUCUGGAUUUUUGUUCAAUGUUACCUUGAAACCUCAUCCGCACCCACCCACCUCUGGCGCUCCGUGUCCCUAUUACACUCCACUUCUCUCCACAGCAUGCACCAGCCUCUGGUGUGUUCUGCGUGUUACCACUCGCUUGUUACCACUGUUCCCCUCACUAGAAGAAAAAUUCCACUAAAGUAUGCACACAUGUGGUACCUGACACAUAUGAGGUACUCAAAAAAUGAUUCACUAAAUGAAUGAAUGAACUCAACUUUUCUACAUUGGGAAGAAAUUCUCAGACCUAAAUUCUACCAGUGAAAGCAAUUCAUAGGUAUAGUCUGGGACUAUUCAGCUUGUAGUAGGCUUAAAAUACUAAACCAGUGAUGGAAGUAACUCAUGGCCUGCCUAAGUUAGCUGUCCUUACUACAUGGAAUCUAAUUUCAGAAUGGAGAAUUAGAAAGUUGCUUCUGUAAAGCUAUAUCUCAGAUAUGGCCAGAACUUUACAAUUUAUUGGCGGAGAAAGUAGUGCCAAAUUUUUCAAGAUCUGUCUUCCCUUCAAGUAGGUUAUCUGAAUUCUAAAAAUACUCUGUGCCCUUCAGAUGGGACUCAAUAGAACUAUUUUCAACCAUAAAGUAAGAAAGAGUAAGUAAGAAAGAGUAAGUAAGAAAGAGAAUCAUAAACAUUUUUAUUGUUCCUGAAAUGAUACUUACGCUAGUUAAAAGUCUUCACCCCUGAAUUAAAUGUGCCCUCCAGGGGCUGCUGUGUGUCACUUCCCUGACUGUGAAAGUUCUGAUUCAGUCAGGGAUUAACUUUAGACCUUCAGUGCUUUAUUAAAUUUUCCCCUGUCUCUCUUUUGAUUGUAG